GAUGAUAAUGAUACAUACGAGGCAUGUUGAGACUAUUGAAUGAUUUAAAGAAAGGAAAAAGAAGAAGAAGAAGAGAUGAAUAAAGUCUAAUUAAAUUGAAAAUUUUUUUAUUCAUCUUUCUCUCUCCCUCUCUCACUCUCUGUACUGAAAAUUUUUUUUGUCGUGCGCUUCAGUGGGAAAAUAUGUUAAAUGAUUAUAUUUACUAUGAGUGAGACCUUAACUAUUGUAAAUAUGAGACUACUGGGUUUUUACAUGUUAGAUUUUGCAGAUUAGAGGGUGCUAAUAUCGAUUUUUCAAUAUUUAUUAUGUGAUUUGAAUACAUCUUUGAUAGAUUAGAAUCAACUUCAAGGAUGAAAUUCGUGGCAUUGAUCUCAGGUGGUAAAGAUUCAUUCUUUAAUAUCCAUCAUUGUUUAUCUCAAGGUCAUGAAUUAAUAGCUUUGGCAAAUUUAUAUCCUCAAGAUCCUAAUAAAGAUGAGAUUGAUUCAUUCAUGUUUCAAACUGUGGGUCAUGACAUCAUUGAUAAUUAUAGUCAACUUUUAAAUGUACCUUUAUAUAGACAGGCUAUCACCGGAGGUUCGUCCAAUCAACAUCUUGAAUAUUCCAUCACUAAAGAUGAUGAAAUUGAAGAUUUAUAUCAAUUAUUAUCCAAAGUUAAAUCAAAUCAUCCUGAUGUUGAAGGAGUCAGUUGUGGAGCUAUCUUGUCUCAUUAUCAAAGAAGUAGAGUGGAGAAUGUAUGUGAUAGAUUGUCAUUAACCUCCUUGGCUUAUUUAUGGCAAAGAGAUCAAUAUGAAUUGAUGCAAGAAAUGUGUCAGAAUUUGUUGGAUGCAAGAUUAAUUAAAGUAGCUGCUAUUGGAUUAAAUGAAAAUCAUUUAGGUAAAUCCAUAAGUCAAUUAUUCGCUCAAUUAGUGAAGUUAAAUCAAUUAUAUGAAGUCCAUAUAUGUGGAGAAGGGGGUGAGUUUGAAACUUUGGUAUUUGAUUCUCCCAUUUUUAAAGAUAAGAAAUUAGCAGUUAUCGAUAAACAAAUCAUAAAUCAUUCUAAUGAUGAUGUAUCAUAUCUUAAAGUGAAAGUUGAGGUCAUAGAUAAAGAUUUCCCAUCUGAAUAUUCCAAUAUCACCCCACCUGAUUUAUUAACUAAGGAAUUUGAUGAAAUUCUUGAUGAAGUAAAAGCUAGUCCUGAUAUUAAAAGUUUACUGAUAAAUGAUACUCCAGAGAAAUCAACCGUUGAGAACGUAUAUUCCAAAGAAUCAAUCUUCUCAACUAAGACUAAAUUAUACAUAUCGAAUUUAAUCUCACUUGAAACCGAUAUAAAAGAUCAAGCAGUUGAGAUUUUCCAAAAAUUAACCGAAAUAUUAAUCCAUAAUGACUUAACAUUUAACGAUAUCCAACAUAUAACCCUCUUGUUAUCAGACAUGACUAAUUUCACCGAUAUAAAUUCAAUCUAUGGACAAAACUUUCAAGAUUUAUACCUUCCCCCCUCGCGAAUCUGUGUUGAAACCAAUUUAAAAACAGACAUUCAAUUAUCAUGUAUCGUACUUAAACAUCAUGGAAACAACCUCAAAUCAGGCCAUCAUAUACGAUCAAGAUCAUACUGGGCUCCUCAAAAUAUCGGACCUUAUUCCCAAACUAUAAUCGAAACCAGAGAAAGUUAUAAAUUAGCAUCGUUGUCAGGACAAAUACCAUUGAUUCCAAGUACGAUGGUGCUUUCUACGGAAAAGAUUGAGUUUGAUUCGGUGUUUUCUUUACAACAUUUAUAUAGAGUUAAGACAUUAGCUAAUGUGAAUAAGUUAGGUCUGAUUAUAUGUUUCAUUACUAGUGAUAAAUAUUUAUCGGUGGUGAGUAAUACUUGGAAAGAGUAUUAUUCUGGUAUAGAAGAUGGGAAGACUGGACUUGGACAAUUGGUUAUCGUUCAAGUUUCGGCAUUGCCUAAGAAUGCUAGAGUUGAAUGGGGUGGUAUAAGUUAUGAAAGUGUUUCUAGCAUGUAUGAUGAUGAUGAUGAUGAUGAAGAAGAAAAGAAAAAUGAGGAUAAGUUGAAUAGUUUGAUUGAAAAGUUUGAGGUUAACAGUCAUGUUGAUGUUAAUAAGGAUGGUUCAAUGAAGAUAGUUACCUUAUUCACCAAUGAAAGUCAGCUAGUCCAAGAAGCACUUGACUAUAAUGACGAUAAAAACUACAUUCAAGUGGUUGCUUCACAUUCAUUGAUCACUAAAUUAACUUCUGGGUCGGGAUUUGAAUUCCUUCCUGUUGAGAAUGUUUGGGAUUAUAAAGGUAAUCACUACAACUACUCUAUAAUUUGGAAAUUAGAAAAUUAAAGCUAAUCAAAGUCUUUAUAUUAAUACAACUGACACCGAAACAUCUAAAUAGCAG